AUGUCUUUUACAUCACGCCUCCUUUACCAACAUAUAGCGAGUGAUCAACCUUGGUCAGCCAUCUGUUUUAGUUCUGCGAGGUAUCGGUAUUAUUCCAAGGGUUUUAUACAAAGUCUCAUCGAUAAAGUUAAAGAAGAAUCAAGUAAAGACACAGAGUUAAAAGAAAAUAUCAGAAAGUUUCGAGAAGAAACAGCGAAAUUGGAACAAACAAAGGAAUUGCGCUCUGUCCGGGAAUUUUAUAAAAAGAUAGAGAAAGAAAUGCCAGCCGAUACUGUAGGAAAAGUACGAGACACUUUCCAGUCUGUUAAAAGCAAAAUCCGUAAUGAUGCUCAACAACUUGCUCAAAACGAAACAUUGAGAAAGGGUGUUGAAAAUUUAUCAAAAGCCAGUGAGCAUGUUAAAGAUGCCACUAAAUCACUUGGUGAAACAGAAUUCAUCAAGGCCGCUAUAAAAGGUGUUGAAGUAGUUGGGAAGGAGUUAGAAUCAGAAAGGUUUCAAAUGUAUCAAGCUCCAAGUAUUUUAAAAACAAGGAGUGAGAUCUCUGGAAAAGGUGAAGAACGAGCAAUACAACCAGAUAGUGAAAGUUCUGGUGUUGUCGUGCAUAAAGAUUCAAAAUGGUUCACUGCAUGGCAAGAUUUCAAGGAAAAUAAUCAGUAUGUUCAAAGAUUUUUCGAUCUGAAAGCUCACUAUGAAGAGAGUGAUCAUUUAGUUAUUCGGUCACUACGAUUUGUAACUGAUAAACUAUCAAACCUAUUCGGUGGCCUGAAAUCAACAAAUGAUUUACAACAGGUGCUAGAUGAAAUCACAAAAAUGGACCCUUCUUUUGAUUUGGAAUCGUUUAUACGUUAUUGCCGAUUUAUCGUUAUUCCAAAUGUACUUGAGGCCAUAGUAAGGGGAGACUUACGGAUUCUCCAGGAUUGGUGUCACGAGGCGCCAUAUAACGUGCUGGCAACACCUUUGAAACAGAUUAAAGAACUUGGGUAUAUUUCUGAAUCUCGCAUACUGGAUGUACAUAAUGUUGAUGUUCAAAUGGGCAAAAUGAUGGAGCAAGGACCAGUGCUGAUAAUUUCAUUCCAAGCACAACAAAUAAAUUGUAUUCGUGACAAAAACAAAAAUCUACAUGAAGGUGAUCCAAAUAAAGUGUUACGUGUGACAAAUGUUUGGGCUUUGUGUCGUGAUCAAAGUGAAAUGAAUCCGUUAGCAGCAUGGCGUGUGUUAGAUAUUGCCAUGAUGCCAUCUGAACAAUGGAUGUGAUAAUUGUUCUUAUACUAGCACCGCAAAUUGUGUAUUUUAAAUCAAAAUUGUUUGAUUACUUAAUCUUUUGAACAGCAAUGCUUUUUAAUCUCCAGACUUCGUAGAACACGCACAAUUAUCGUCUAAACUUUAGUCGAUCAAUAUUUUGUGCAUAAUUUCUUAAUUCGGGUAACUUUU